UGCUAGUUAGAUCUAAUACUAGUGAUAAUAAAUCUGGAAUGAGAUGAAUUUUUACAAUAGGUGGUAGGGUUGUUUCUUGGGCUUAAAAAAAACAAAUAUUCUUUAACUUUAUUUAAGGAGUUUUCGCUUAUACAUCAGGUUUAUGGUUGAAGGUUUUUCUUUGAUAAAUAUAGUGACCGGUCGGUUUAGACAGUUAUCGAUAUACCUAUUUACUAGUAACAAACAGUAAAAUCGUAAGUUAUUGUUCUCACUUCUUUCUUUCAUCCAUCAUACAUCUCUCCGCAUAUUUUUUCCGUCUCCAAGAUCAUUCCUUUGCCUAAAAACCCACUCCCUCAUUUUUGUUAAUGAAGCUUCCAUCGUUUUCUUUAAUUCUAAAACAAAAACAAAAAUUCCCUUGAAUUUCCCUCUCUCGUCCAAUCUUCUCUAUCUUAUUGAUCAAUCUCUCUUAAUUAUCUCUGCCUGCCUGGUGAUCAUAACCCUUUCCCUCCAAACUCUUAGCGAUUGGUCGAGAUUUAGAAAUUUUUGUGUAUUUUGUUUUUUUGUCGGAGCUUCCAUCUAAGCACCUCUAUGUUUCUUCUAUCCCUCUUUUCAUUGAGAAGCACGUUAUCCCUGCUACCUUAAUUGUUUCAUCUUUGCAAGUGGAAGAAGAAACCCUCCCCAGCCCCCUGCCCACUCCUCUCCCAUGGCUAAGGCAGCAGGAGCACAGGCAUCAGAGGCAGGGAAGGACGAAGGAGCACCGUUGCCAAAAUUCGGGGAGUGGGAUGUGAAUAACCCAGCCUCAGCUGAAGGCUUCACAGUCAUAUUCAACAAGGCAAGAAACGAGAAGAAGACAAAAGCUGGUCCUGUCAAAAUUAAUUCCCAAAAUGCUAACAAUAAUGAAUCUCCUACAUUCAACAAAAAUCAACCUUAUCAACCUCCCGAAUCUUCUCGCAAGAACAAGUGGCUUUGCUGUGGUUGAGAAAUAUGCUUGCAGUUCAAGCAUGGUAUGCGGAUCAGAGCUCAGAAGUGAAUGUAUAGAAGCUGUACACGUACGAAGCAGUUAGGUCAACUAAUUAAUUCGUGAAUGAGUCAGGGACAUAUAGCUGUACGUUGCAGCCUUGCAGGGUUUGCAAAUUUUGACAAUAUGGGUGGAGAAGGGGAACCGUUCAUUAUUAUAGACCACUCUCCAUUAAUCUCUCUGGUUUCUUGUCCAAAUUAAAUUUAAUAUUCUGAAACCAUUUGAUCUCUUGCAGUAACUUUUCUUCAGGCAAUUUCCUUUGGAUAUGCAGCAUUCAGAAUCCUAUGGAGUAGUCUACUUUAUUUUGUUUCUGAUAAUUUUGUGUUGUAAGGGUGAAGAUGCAUGUGCAUGGUUAAUUUGAAGUAGCUAGGAAGAAUGAGUAGUGUAUCCUAAAGUACCUAUUUUGCUAAAGUGCUCAUAGUCAAAUUUGUGAGAAAAUCAAGGUGAUGAAAUUGGUUUUAAACAAGAGAUUUGAGAUUUAUUGGUUUAACUAGAUUAUAUGAAAACAAAUAAUAAUUUAAGAUUUAAUGA